AGAGAGAGCAUUUUCAUUCUUCCUAAUCAAAAUAUUCCCUUUAUUCCACUUUAUCUCAUUCUCUGCUUCUUCCCUUUCCCCACUUUUGUUUAGCACAAAAAACAAUCUUUAUUUUUGGUUUUGGUCCCAUCAAAAACCCAAAUUCCACCACCCAUCAUCACCACCAGUCGCCACCGCAUCAUUACUGAACUCCGCCGCCUCCUCCUCCUUCAUUACCAAAAUGCCAGCUGCCACAAUCUCAGAUCGUACGUCACUCAAUCUUCUUCAUUCCUUCCAUUCCUCUGACUCCUCGUACUUUCACCUAAUCCAAUAACAAUCCCCAUCAUUAUCAAUUCAUCAUCAUUUCCUGACUCUUCAGAUCCGCUUCUGUAAAUAUUACGGUGCACAGAACCCAGAAAGAUUUCGAUUGAUAUUCCAAGAAAUUUUUAAUUAAAGAAGAAAGAAAGAAAGAAAGAAAAGAGGAAAAUUACAAAUUUGAUAAUUUUUUUAUUGGAAAAAGUCAACGACGAUGGAUUUGGAUGAGCUCCGGUCGAUUCUAUCCAAAUCAAAAGUUGAUGUGUGGUCGUUAAUUGAUUCGGCGAUUACGGUGGCGUCGUUGGACUACGGCGAUGAAUUGAGAGAUCGACGGGAUGGGAUUGUUCAGAAGCUUUAUUUUCCGACCGCAAGCAGCUCCAGCUCCGGCCAACUGUGCCGGAACUGCCACGGCGAUGUCCGGGUUAUUGACGAGAAUAAGCAAACUCGUCAUCAGCAGCAGCAGCAGCAGCAGCUGCGUCAGGAUCAGGAUCGGAAUCAGAAUCAGAAGAAGAAUGAUAACCAAGUUCACCGGAGUAGUAAAAGUCCGUUGACUCCGGAAUCGAACCAUAACGAUUACGGAAUGGGAAACGUUGAUGACGUUGACGAUUUGGAUCUCAAUGGUGGUUUGUUUGAUGACGAGCAGGAGAAAAUCUUGCAUAUUCGAGAACGACUUGAAGAUCCAGAGCAGGAUGAAGAAAGCUUGGUGGAGUUAUUGCAGACUCUAGUGGAUAUGGAUAUUACAUUCAAAGCUCUUCAGGAAACUGAUAUAGGAAGGGUUGUAAGUGGAUUCCGGAAACAACAUCCCUCCAAUGAAGUUCGAAAACUAGCCAAAUUACUUGUCAGAAACUGGAAGGAAACUGUGGAUGAAUGGGUGAGGUUGAAUCAACCUGGGCAAGCAUCAGUGUCUCUCAUUGGUGAAGAAUCGCCUCAGCUAAAUAUGCAACAUAAAACUCAGCAAAAUGGUCAUCACCAGGUGAUAACUGAGUUAAUGGAGAAUAUGAAUGUGUAUUGGAAGUUCACAUAUAUGGAGGUAAUAACUAAAGCUAGUGAUAUGUUUUUCAGGGUUCGGACUUUGGGUACUCUCCAAACCCACAAAGUAAGAACAGUAGUUGAUCUGUUGCUUUUGAUUAAAUAAUGCUGAAUAGAAUUGCUGAUUAGCAUAUUGUCGUCUGUUGCGCCGAUGUGUAUCUUCUUGUUAAGAAAAAGAAACUUUUGUCUUCUGUCUUUAUCAGAUUGGGGUUCUGGUUCAGAAAAGAAUUAUUCAGAGCCAGAGACAAAGGUGAAAUCAGCUCCCUCAAGAGAAGCUCCAUCUAGACCACCACAGUCUGCUCCAACUCCCAAAUCAGCUUCGGCUCCCCCUCCAAAUGUAUGAAGCUCAACCUUUAGUGUAUCUUUAUGUUCUGAUAAUCACUGCUUGUGUUCUGGAUGCGCGUGGUUCAAAAUUAGUCUUUCAAGUUUGGCUCUUAAGGGAUGUUGGUAUUGAACUAUAGGACACAUAUGAAUGGCCAGAAUGUUAAUGAAUCUUGACAGAAAUGGAAAGAGAUUGAACAAAUCAUUAGUGUGAUCAGAUGUUUAUGAUCACUUGUUAAUGAUACAGUUUUUAGUAAACCUUCAGACCUAGUGUGGUACUGAAAUAUCUCUCUUUAAAGAGGCUUUUUAACGACUGCUAUGGGGAUUGUGCAGAGACAGAAGGACUCAACCAUAGAUCUUGAGAAGUUGAAUUCAGCAAGAAGGCGGCUUCAAGAGAAUUACCAAGAAGCUCAAAAUGGUCUGUAUUUCAAUAAUCUGAAUGCUUCUCUGUGCUCAUUUUGUGAUGAAAAUCAUACUGAUGGCCUUUGCCUGUCUGUGUUUGUGUGUUUUCUUUCUCUUCUGAAGCCAAAAAGCAAAGGACAAUACAAGUGAUGGAUCUUCAUGAGUUACCAAAACCAAAGAAUGCCUUCUUUGCUAAGAAUAAAGGUGGCUUUCAGGGGAGGAACCAUCGCUGACUUUGCCUGUCAUCUGAGACAUUGAUGAGUUGGGAUUUACCAAAAGUGGAUAAAUCCGUAUUGGCGACUGGCGAUUUCAUCACCUCCAAACCAAAGGCAGACAGUUUACUUUCUUUUUUCCCCUGGUUGUUUCUGUUAAUCUUAUUCACUAGUUUGGUACAUAAGGAAAGUAACUAAUACUAGUAUAAUAUUCGGGAUAACACUCAGUUUGAGAAUUAUUGUUACUGUGAUCUUAUAUCAUAGGGUAAAAUUUGAUACGAUUUCAUUUUCGUCAAUGACGGAAAGACACAAUCAUAAGCGAUAAACAGUUAACGGCGAUUGCGGAUUGCCUUCUCAUAGGUAACGCCUUUGAUUGUUCAAAAUCUUCAAGACGAUAAACAGUUAACGGCGAGAGGUAGCGUAUGUCAAUUACAAGAACCUCUUUAUAAAAUAAAUAAAGCCUUAUAAUUAGAUGUGGAAACCAUAAUGUGAAAGAUAAAGAUGGUUGACGGCUGAAGUCAAAUCUACAACAAGAGAUGAUGAUUAAUCAUGCACGGUCAUAUUACAUGAACACGGUAAUCAUUUUAUUUUAUAUUAGUAUAAUGUUUAAGUUCUCUUUUCGAUUUUAAUUAUGAUUCACAAAUUUGAGCUCUACGGAAAGUACAUCCCUUCGAGCAAUUGUUCCCGGAAGAGAGUUGUGAUAUUUACAGUUUCCAUCAUGAUUGCCUUAUGGAUCUUAUUAUAGGUCAUAUAGCCAAGUAUUGUUGAUUCUGAUUUCUGACCUCUAUAGGAAAGAGUUGUGGUAUUUUAGUAUUUACAUUUUCCAUCGUGAUUUCCUUCUCAUAGGUCAUAGUGCCAAGAAUUGGUAUCGGCACAUUGCUCUUAUAUGGCCAGUCCGUUACUCUUUAAUUAUUG